AUGAGCAUGACGUCUUUGCUCAUCCAAUGGCCUGCUGCACUCACGCGUUUCGAGUUUGGUAGUUUGCUCAGAUACCCAUAUAUCUUAGACUACCCCAUGUUCGAAUCUUGGCUACUCAUACACAAAGACACCCUUAAACAUGUUGCCAUAGGCCAUCUUUCAGAGCGUGGCGACCGCCGACUUUUCAACGCAACGCUUUUUCCACACCUCGAGUACCUGAGACUGUCAAGAUGGCAGAUGUCCCAAGUAUCUGUGGAAUUUCAGGCUGAUGAUGCAAACAUCCUAGGUCCAAGCCUCAAAACCUUCUGCUGGGACUUCAGAGUCUUUGACGAGCACAACGAAGACUGGCAUGGCUUUGGGAAAACAGCGGCUCUCUGGGUUGAGAAGAUUAUAAGUGAGGCCGUAGCCCGCGAGGCUGUUCUCAAGACGUUCCAGAUACAGUUCAAACCAAGAUAUGGAGAUACCGAAUUAGCUUGGGGUUAUCCAUGGGACUGGAUGGUGGACCUGAGGGAAAGAGUAUUCAAACCUACGGGUAUGGGCUUAGUGUAUAGCGAACCGCGUAUCACGAAGGAACAAUGGCUUGAGUGGUUGAAGCGCCCUGACAGGAAGGACAUAGAGGAAGAGGAGUACGAGAGAUCUUUAUGGGAAACCGAUAGACCUCCUAAAGAAGAGGAUAAGAACAGCGAGGGGGCAAAGUUCGAGAGCUGGUAUCAGUAA